GUCCUCAUAACCAUAAUAAUAUUGAUCCAUGUUCAACUUUAACUUAGAGCUACAAGUUUCAAAUAUUUCACACAGAAAAAAUGAUGUUUCACAUGAUAAAAAAUCUUCGAACACACGCAUGGCUUCCACGAUCUCUCUUUUCCAACCUUGGUAGAGGAUCAACUUCUCCACUAAGAUUCUGCACCCACUCUCAUAAUACUUUGGAUAAGACUCAGAAACCAAGUGAAAAAUCUGCAGAGGAUGUGAAUUCAUCUGCGGGAGGGUAUGCUCAGAGGUCAGAUGAAAAAGGAUUUGAAGGGGGAAAUGGUGGAAAUAAUGCAAAGUCAAAAAUUGAGAUGGAUAAGUUCAUCCAUGAAAAUCACCCAGCUUAUGACAAGACGCAGGUAAAUGAGUCGAAGGAGAAGAAAAACACAAGACACUAAAAAUAAGCCACAAUGCCUAGGAUACAUUGUGAUAUUAUAAUGAAGCUAUGAUACAUUGUGAUAUUAUGUAAUUAAGCUAUGAUACAUUGUUAUUAAUUUAGGCAAAGGCAUUUAUGUAAUUAAGCUAUGAUACAUUGAGAUUAUAAUGAAGCUCUUCAACUUUUAUUACAGUCAACACAAUAAUACCUCAGAGCACAUUCAUACAUCUACUCACGUUCGAACAGACAUUGUAACAUGAGGAUGCCGUGGAUUAAUAGAUCAGUUCGACAUUGAUGAUAAAACAUUUAUCAUCAAAGUCAUGCAUCAACAACACUUUAUCCAUUUCAUCUUUUGUUAUACAACCCGUUUAAGGGAUCCAUAUUGUGAUAUUAUAUUAGUGUAGCAAGUAUAUUAGUAAACGCGAGCUUUAGGAGGGAAUGUUUCAACCUCAUCGUCCAGAGUAUUCAAGUGCACCGGCCUGUAGUCUAACCGCACCUUCUCGUUUUUCCAGUAUCUGCAAAU